GUGCCAUUGUUAAACUUCUACUUUCUAAACAAUCAUUUUUCUUUUAAUUGCUCCCUCUCUUGCUUAGGCUCCGAACCAUUUCAUUACCGUUGCACCGAACCAAAAUUUAAAAUCCACCCUCACACCCCUAUUCAUUUCCAUUCUCUCUCACACACAAACCCAAAAUCAAUCUCUGUCUGUCUCUCUCUCUCUGUGUUUUCUGUAGAACGCUAGAAAUGGUUAGCAGGGUCCUCAAGAAAAGCCCAAAAAAGUCCAUUAGAGAUCUCCGGGGCAGUCAUCGCCAUCAACGGAAGAAAUAUCCUAUUAAGAUCGAGGCGGUUGCUGCCUCCUCUGCCAUCUUCGCACCCAUCAACAAAACUAUCUAUUCAUGCAAGAGCCGCCUUGCCAAGAUCUUCUCCAAAUUUGCACGCAUUAGCACCCUCAAUAGCCGCUACAAAGGCUACAAAAUCUUGAAGAAGGGACUGAAGGACCACAGAAAAGAACUUCAACAAGAAUACGGCCUUAAAAAAUAUAACAUUUACCGAGCGCUUUCCUUUAGCAAAUGCUUACCGCCCUUGAUUUCGCGAACUAAGAGGACUGUCUUUCUUGAUCUUGAUGAGACCUUGGUGCAUUCCAAAGCAGACCCACCACCGCAAGUGUUUGAUUUCAUAGUGAGGCCAAAUAUUGAUGGAGAAUUCAUGAAUUUUUAUGUGUUGAAGCGACCGGGAGUUGAUGCUUUCUUGGAGGCACUGGCUGCAAAGUACGAGUUGGUGGUGUUCACUGCCGGAUUAAAAGAAUAUGCAUCGCUGGUUCUCACCAAGCUAGACGUGAAGGGGUUAAUUUCACACCGGCUAUAUAGGGAUUCGUGCAAGGAAAUUGAUGGGAAGUUUGUUAAGGACUUGUCUGAGGUGGGGAGGGACUUGAAUAGGGUAGUGAUUGUUGAUGACAAUCCUAACUGCUACAUUUUCCACCCGGAAAAUGCAGUUCCAGUGAGGCCUUUCAUUGAUGAUUUUGGUGAUAGGGAGUUAGGGAAGUUGGUUAAGUUUUUUGAGGGGUGUGAUCGUUUUAAGGAUAUGAGAGAUGCUGUGAAGCAAUAUCUUUGUGAAGGGAUGAUACGAAGAUGAAAGUGUCAAUGUAGUUUAAUUGUUUUUCUACUGUAUUUUUUCAGGUUUCUUGACCAUGAAAUGACUGAGUUGAACAAAAAAAAAUUGUUCAAUCCCAAAUGAAAGAAGAAACUCAGACGAAAAUAACAUUUCUUCUUUUACUUCUAAUUCAGUUCAUCCUUGAUUA